ACUGUUGCUAAUAAAUAGAAGGUGGCCUUCUCACUCCAAUCAAGCUGAUUAGAAAUUCCUACGCGUACUUUUUUCACUCUUAAACACCUCCAUCCCCCUUCCCUUCCCCAACCCCCUCCAUCGGGACUUUUACGGCCGGUGUGCAGGUGGAAACAUCCGCUCCUCUCCAGGGACUAGUUUACCGUCAGUUUACCCCCACCACCGCGGAAAUGUUGCAGCCCCCUCGGUCGCGCCAUGUGCCCGCUGAGGGGAGAGAGAGCAGCCGGGAGAGAACGAGAGAGAGAGAGAACGAGAGAGCGGGAGAGAGAGAGGGAGGGAGAGAGCGAGAGAGAGAGAGAGAGAGAGAGGCGGAAGAGGAGGAGGAGGAGGGCGAUGAGUCAAUACAACUAAUAAUUUAAUGGGGACACGCAGGGAGAGCCGGAGCGAGAGAGGGGGAGAGACCGAGAGGCGCAUAGCCGAGGCACAGGAGCUCCGAGCCCGAGCAGCAGGACACCUUCCUCCGCCUCCUCUUCCACCUCCAGGCGGCAGCGGCGGUGGUAGUAGCAGCGCGGCCAGCCUUGCGUAUGAGCACCCGGCUAGGGAGCGACGUUUAUCCGCGGCAUAGGGAAAGUGAACGGCACUUUUUGACCUCCCCUCGUAUUUUUCCCCCUCUCCUUGUUUUUAAUGUGGCGAACCUGUUCCGUGCUCCUAUCGCGUUCCGGCUCCGCGCUACGAACAACCGCCGAGGGGACGGUGGCUCGGUCCUCUGCGCUCGCUAGCUAGUUUCCAAGCCCCCGGGUUCGAAGCGGCGUGUCGCCGGUGGCGGCGGCGGCGGCGGCGGCGGCGGCUACAAUGUUCCGUUCCGUACGCUGUCCGCUUCCCGGCGGCGGCUAGCGGGCAGGCUGGCAGCCUCCCCCCACCCAUCUUCCCACGGCCAUGUUUGUGUCAUUUUUUUUUUGGGGGGGGGCGAAGUAGCGGCUAACCGUUCACUUUACCCACGUUUGUUGUUGUUGUUGUUCUUCGGUUUGUUUGUGCGUGUCCAUGUCGCCGGACGGUGUAAUCUAGCGUAGAGCAGACACUCACCCAGCCACAACACCGGUCGGUGGUCCCGCCUCUUGCCCACCGGAGCCCCCGAGAAGCCGGUUUGACUUCCGCCCCCCCGUAACUCACCUGCACGCAGGAAGUUUUUUUUCUUUAUCCAUUAUUAUUACUGUAGUUGUUAUUUAAAAACCUUUUUCAAUCUACCCUGGCCAAACUUGAAGAAAAGGAGGAAUCCAAGUGGUGGCAAGCUGCUGCUUUUCAGGUGACUGUAGUGAGUCGAGGGUUGCUGAGAUGAUGAUGGACCAUCUCAGCGAGACGUGUCUGGGCAAGGAGAACGCCGAGCUGGUCAACAGCAUUGCCGAGGGCAAGCCCCCGCCGGCCAAGCUGCCCCGCAUGGAGCAGAACGGCAGCCCCCUGGGGCGGGUCAGGCUCGGCAGCACUGGGGCCAAAUUGGCGGGGCUGCCCUACAAGCCUGCCAAUCACCUGCUGAAGACCUGCCACAAGCGAGGCAACAUGCUGCCCGUCUUCUGCGUGGUGGAGCACUACGAGAAUCCUAUGGAUUUUGACAGCAAGGAGGAGCACGCUGAAUUCGUGCUGGUGCGCAAGGACAUGCUCUUCAAUCAGCUGAUCGAGAUGGCGCUGCUCUCGCUAGGCUACUCGCACAGCUCAGCCGCCCAGGCCAAAGGUAUGAUUCAGGUGGGAAAGUGGAACCCCAUUCCCCUGUCAUACGUGACAGAUGCGCCCGACGCCACGGUGGCUGACAUGCUGCAGGACGUCUACCACGUCGUCACGCUCAAGAUCCAGCUGCACAGUUGUCCUAAGCUGGAGGACCUGCCACCUGAGCAAUGGAGCCACUCUACAGUAAGAAACGCCCUCAAGGAGUUACUCAAAGACAUGAAUCAGAGCUCUCUGGCUAAAGAAUGCCCCUUAUCACAGAGUAUGAUUUCCUCCAUUGUCAACAGCACUUACUAUGCAAAUGUGUCGGCGGCAAAGUGUCAAGAAUUCGGGCGCUGGUAUAAACAUUUCAAGAAGACAAAGGAUAUGAUGGGCAUCCGCCAACCUUCCCAGCUGGAAGGCUACCUGGGCACGUGCGUCCUCCGCGAGAGCCCCCGUGCUAAUGCACUAGUCGAGAUGGAUGGCCUGUCCGAUCUGUCGCCGCCCGGCUCCAACCACAACCACCUGGGCUUCUCCCAGCAGCAGCAGCCCAUCCCGGGCAGUACAGCGGAGCAGACGCCGUCUUCCCCUGUGCCCCCGCUGUCCCACGCCCCGCCGCCGCCCCCGCAGCACGGAGGGGCCCAAGCGGGCGGGCGGCAGCCGCAGAUGCCCCCCGGCCUACACCACCCGGGCCUGGUGUCCACACCCAUCAGCCCCCAGCUGGUCAACCAACAGCUGGUGAUGGCGCAGAUCCUCAAUCAGCAGUACGCAGUCAACCGGCUGUUGGCGCAGCAGUCGCUGUCUCAGCAGUACCUCAACCACCCGCCCGUCAACCGCAGCUCGCACGCAAAGCCCCUGGAGCCGCAAGUGGGAUCCAACACCGAGGUGUCCUCUGAGAUCUACCAGUGGGUCCGCGACGAGCUCAAGCGGGCUGGCAUCUCGCAGGCCGUCUUCGCCCGUGUGGCCUUCAACAGAACCCAGGGCUUGUUGUCCGAAAUCCUGCGGAAAGAAGAGGACCCGAAGACGGCCUCGCAGUCACUGCUGGUCAACCUGCGCGCCAUGCAGAACUUCCUGCAGCUGCCUGAGGCCGAGCGCGACCGCAUCUACCAGGAGGAGAGGGAGCGCAGCCUUACCGUCGCCUCCGCUAUGGGCGCCGCACCGCUCAUCAGCACGCCGCCCAGCCGGCCUGUUCAGCCACGGAGAGAAGACUGUAACAGCGUGCGACCCGAAGACUGGAACCCUCGCAUUCCCGUGGGCCUUUCUCCUGUGAAGCCGUCGCCUCUGCCUAGUGAGUGGAACGGCAAAACGGAGAGCUGCAUCCUCAACAUCAACUCCAACAUCUAUGACGAGAUCCAGCAGGAGAUGAAGAGGGCCAAAGUCUCCCAGGCACUCUUCGCCAAAGUGGCUGCCUCCAAAAGCCAGGGCUGGCUGUGUGAGCUUCUCCGCUGGAAGGAAGAUCCGUCUCCGGAGAACCGGACGCUGUGGGAGAAUUUGUCAAUGAUCCGCCGCUUCCUCAGCCUGUCGCAGGCCGAGCGCGACGCCAUCUACGAGCAGGAGAGCAGCAGCGGACAGCAACACCACACCAACGCCGCGGACAGGCCGUCGCACUUCUCACACGUCUCCGCCGACCAGCUGCAGUCUCAGCACCAGUCGGCCCUGAGCCUGCAUCACCCGUCCCAGCCCUUCCCGUCCCAGCAGCCGCCCUCGGGCCCCCGCCUGCCCCCCCGGCAGCCCUCCACCGCCUCUCCGGCCGAGACGGAGGACGACGUGGUGCGCAGCCUGGUCAAGUCGCGCACGGGGGGCGGCAAGAUCUCCCUGGAGGCUCUGGGUAUCCUGCAGAGCUUCAUCCAGGACGUGGGCCCAUACCCGGACGAGGAGGCCGUCCACACGCUGUCCGCCCAGCUGGACCUCCCCAAACUCACUGUCAUCAAGUUCUUCCAGAACCAGCGCUUCUACGUCAACCACCCGGCCAAAGCGCCCAAGGAGACGCCGGCCGCUAACAACGGCAACAACAACGCAAGAAGCAGCGGCAGCAGCUGCAGCAGCGGCGGCAGCCCCGCCGCCUUCGACGAGGAACCCUCGGACCCCAGGGAGGGCGGCGACGCCCUCAAGGAGACGGACGAGAGCACGCAGACCAACAGCAACGCCUUCGUGGUCAAGACGGAGGAGCGGAUGGGGCGAGGCGGAGGAGGACUCACGCCCGUGACGGAGCAAGCCAACGACUAAAAGGAACAUAAGACAGGCCUGGACUCCCGAGUUUUGCAUUUUGUAAAAGUAUUGUAUUAUUAUUAUUAUUAUUAUUAUUAUUAUUAUGAUGAUGACGAUGAUGAUGAUACACUGUAAAGACUCUUCUGGCAUUGUUUCGUAACCUGUACAAAGAAACAAAACAAGUGGAAAUCAGGUGCAAAUCGUUAGCCUAAUAGCAUAAUCGCCAGUCAUUUAUAAACAUUUUUGGAAAGGCAGAAGAGUUCAAUCUUUUUCGACUUUUUGGUCCUCCCCCGAUUUCUGAUCCGAUUUUACAAUUCAACCUUUGUGCAUUCCCGUGACCAUGACUGACAAUCUACAUAGACAUAAAGGAAAAUAAUACACAAUUGUGAGCAAGAACGUUGCUAUUUUGUUUUUUUAAUUGACAGUAAGACAGUAAUUACGUUGGCAGUUAAGCUAUUAGACUGCACUCCGUCUUUAAGGACAUGUUCACACGUACUGCAGUUGUUUAAAAAGGUAUUGUUUUACUUUUCACACCAUUAAAAACAUCUUCUAUAUGUCCAUACAUAACAGGAUUUUUUAAAAAUGUCUCUCUCCACAUAAAUCCAUAAUUCUCCUAAGAUUCUUUUUCUCCAAAAAUGCUCAUUUAUUCUCGUAAGAUUGACUUUUUUCUCCCAAAAAUACAACUUUAUUCUUCUCAAGUUACAACUUUAAUCCAAAAGAAUAUUAUUAAAUGUUUAGAAAUGCAUUUAAAAAAAAUAUACAACUAUUCUCGUAAAAUAAUGUUUCUCAAAAAUGUGUUCAUGUAGAGUUUUUCUAGGCAAAUAGGACUCAUAAAAUAACACCAUUUUUCUCGGGGAAAAAAAUACUAUUCUCGUGAGGUUUGCACAUUGUCGAAAAAUAAAAUUUUAAUAUAGGCUAUGAAUAAAAUAUUCUCAUAAGAAUAUGGUGGUUUUGCUAAAAAUACUUUGUUUCUUGCUAAAUUAUUAGUUUACUAAAAAAAAAAGAAAAUAAAUAUACUUUUAUUGUUGUAGGAUUACAAUGGAUUUUCCAGAAAAAGAUAGUAUUUACCCUUAAAAACAACUUUUGUGAAAAACAAAACAAAACAAAACAAAAUAAUUUAGUUUGCCGAAAAUGUCACUACCUUGAAGAUUUCAGUUUCUUUUCCUGAAAAGAUCUGACUUUAUUUUUAUAAGAUUUUGAGUUCUUGCUGUCAGAAAACACAACUAAUCAUAAGAUUAUGACUAGUUGCCUAGUACCUAAUUCGUAGAAGAUUUUUCUUAAUAUAAAAUCUGUCUAUUAAUGUAAGAUUAACCUUUCCCCCUCAAAAAUAAGUAAUUAUUCUGGUAGAAAUACUUGUUUUGUUUUUGUUUCCAUUUGACCAAUCUCAAAAGAUUGCAUCUUUUUUCUCUUAAAAAACAUUGUUUUUCUAAAAACAAAAUGUAAAAAAAUCUUUUUUACAUAAAGUAUUUACUUUCCCCCUCAAAGUUCAGUUAUUCUGCUUCAAUGUACUUUUUUCUUUUGAAAAAUAUGAUUAAUCUGUAAAAUUACAUUUUAAUUUCCUCCUACCAAAACUUAUUUCUUUUUUUAUGCUUAAGAUACGUUCUCAAAAUACAAAAUGAUUCUGUUAAAAGUGCAUCUAUUAUUUCCUGAAACAAAUGCAACUAAUUUCAAGGUUAAAUAUUAUUAUUAUAUUUUGUUUUUUCUGCAUGAGAUACUUACCUUUUUCCUCAAAACACCAUGUUAUUGUGGUGAAAUUACAUCUUUAGUCUUGAACACUAUGACUAAGAGUAAAUUCAAAUAAAAAAAUAAAAUUUAAAAAAAACAUCUUUUUUCUUGACUUUUCUUUUUUGUUUACAAUUAUGACUUUAAUCGCUUGAAAAACACAACUAUGGGCCAAAAAUCAAAAAAGUAAAAAAUUUUUCUUGAAUUAAGAAUGAGUAUUUUAAGAUUUCCUUUUUCUCAAAAAUACUUUAUAUAUAAAAAAAGCACCCCAUAUUGUUUUUGUUGCACAAUAUUUUCCUCAAAAUAAGAAAAAAACCCAAACGUUUUUCUGUGUAAGACGCUUCGUUUUUUCAGCAAAAUACAGUUAUUCUGAAAUAAUAAUUUUUUGUUUCUCAUAAGAUUGUCUUGUGUUCCUCUAAAUCUUAUUUUCAUGCAAGAUUAUGUUUUUUUUUUUUUUUUUUUUUUUUUUUUAGUACGACAAAUGCUGAGGACAUAGUUCUGGACAGAUUUCACCCUAGCCAGUUUUUCAAAAGUUUAGCUUUUUUCUAUUUAAUUAAGAAUCUGAAUUUUCAUGUGGACAAAGGGCAUCUAAAAAAAAAAUCCUUAUUAGAACGUAAGCGCGUACGUGUGGACACGUCCUCCCACCGACUUUCUUUCCAUCUCGGAGCUCCUGAUUUGGUCGGAAAGUAUAAAAAUCCAUGCGGGUCUUCAUUUUUUAUUUUUAUUUUGAAUUCCCGUGAUCGACUUUUGUGGUUUUACGUGCGUGAUGUUUUUGUUUAUUUGUUUAAACAAAAAUCAAGGACCAAGUUGUUUGACAAGGCCUUAAAAGACCACAAGGUGUCACGUAUUCUUCUUCUUAACUUUCUUCUCAAUCGUAUGAUGAUCAACAAGCUGUGUGGUUUGUUGGGGAUGAAUAGAAUCUAAGGAAAAGUUUCUCUCUACUUUAUGUGUAUAAAUAAAUAUCUGUGAUAUAUAUGAUCAAACUAUGCCAACAAUGCCUUGUACCACACGGUUCCUUUUGCCACUGGAACACACAAUGAGAAAUGUGAAUGAUGCCAUCUUUCUUAUUUAUUUGCAGUGUUGAUGAUGUAACUUUUUUUCUUUUUCUUUUUCUUUUACAUUUAUUUCCCCCCUCAUUUAUUUCCUAUUUAUAACUGGACGGACAGAGAACAACAAAAAGUGUCUUAAAUGUUUUCCGUGGAGAAAUGUGCUUUAAAGGUGGCCUAUAGUCCCAGAAAGAAAAAAAAAAAGUGGCAUUGAUUUCAUGUUGUA